CUAACGAUCUGUAGUAUAAGCGAAAUUAUUUAUGCAAAAGCAAUAUACAGGUAAUAAAGAGUUGUGGUUUACCGCCCAUUCAAACCUGCCUACGAACGUGUUAAAUGUUUACAACUGUAGACCUUGAAUGUCGGCGGAUGAGUGACUGCAUAUUGGGCAUUAAAUAACGACUGGAAAUAUUAGAUUAUUGAUAAAGAUGUUAUAAAAUAUUAUGCCGAAAGCUAGUUACUUGAUUGCAUUGGUUAUUCGGAGCUAGACACCGUGAAAACCGGAAGUUGUGUUUGUCACAAAGUUGUCUGUGUAAGUUAAUGUAAAAUAGUGAUUGGUAGUGUUUAAGUACCGAUCGGUUACUAUGACGACGACGGUGAUAAUAUUGUGGGUGCACUUUCGGGACUUUUGGGACUGGUUUCUGGAUGGAGUGGAGCGAAAACACCAGAAGAGAAUGGCGGAAAUGGAGGUUGAGAAGUGCCUGGAUUGGAUACUGGAACAGAAAGCAAGUCUUGAAUGCUCUGGUCUCGGUGGUAACAGGUCGGCGGUUGGGGAGGCACAGGGCAUGCUCAGUGAACGCCGGAAGAAACUGGUGGAGUACCGGGCCACACUGGACAAGAUGAACAAGAAGCAUGCCCUGACGGACGCUGAGAUCAGUGCGAUGUACGACAGCUACCAGUCUGUGCAGAGAAUAGCUGACAAACGAUCUGAGUGUAUUCAAGUUAUGGGCUCUAUUGCUGCACUAGAAGAACAAAUUCAGAGUCUCAGCACGGAAGUGGAUCUCAAGGCGGUCCAUCUGGUGAAUAUGAAUCUAAACAACCGGAAGUCGCCAUCGAACGGGGGUCUUACGAACGAGGGCAUGGCGCUCUCCACACAGAACUGCAUUUCCGGUGUUCGCCGCACGUGGCAGUGGGUGGACGAGAUGAUGCAGUGCGCGCACGUGCACCUGGCGAACGCGUCGGCGUAUCACGAGUUUUUCCUUGAGGUGGAGGAGGUGGAUUAUUGGCUACAGGCCACCAUGUCCACGAUGCACCUGUCUUUCGCGCGCAACAGGCUCGCCGGAAAUAGAUCCAACCUUGACGAGAUCAGCGAGGAAAUGAAGGACACGAUGCUGGCCUAUUUACGAUGGCAGAGCAAGGUUGACACGCUGUUCACGCGUGCACGAGAUAUCGUACCUGUUCACAAGAGGACCACCGCCCUCACUAAUCCAUGUCCGGUACUGGCUCUGGCUACAUACAGCACACAGCAAAUCCAGUUCACCGAAGGAGAGACACUGACGCUCCUCGACAAUUCGGACCGCUCCCGCUGGCGCGUACGCAACUCACGUGACCAGGAGGACGUAGUUCCCGCCGCCAUUGUGCUCAUCAACGGUCCGUCAGGGGAGGCAAUCGAUGCUGCUGUUAGACUGCGCCUGCAGCUGCUUGGACUGUGGACGACCAGCAUCAAGCGUCUCGGUUACCAAAUGAUCGCUUUCAUGCAGCUCGUGUUCAAGGACUGGAAUCAAGAUGAGAUCAAGGCCAUCCAGAAGAUGCCGCGUGCCAGUCGCGAGGAGCUGCUCCGUAUCCUGGCAACUAUCGACACAACGCUGCAGAAGAACUGGCGGGGCUACCCUGGCUUUGAGGAUCUGCAGGAGAAGAUGUCGCGCCUUAGGACCAUACUGGAGGAGGCUCCGGAGUCCGCAGAGAAAAGUUCGAGCACAUCCGGUGAGGUGGUAAUUCAAGUGCGCAUGCUCGAAAAUCUCUUGUCCAGCUAUCAGGAGUUCUGGACUUAUUGGGAGACGUACAAAGUAGUGGCAGAGCUGCUGAGACAACCAAAGUACAUCCUCGUCUGCGACAACUGGCAGCAGCUCAAAUACACAACCACCGCACACUACGUCAGGUUCUGGGACACGAAUCUACAGCUGCCUCAGGGUGACGGAAAAACGUACAAGGCGGAGGCGGCGCUUAUUCUACAGGAGGUGCCCCGGGAACGGAAGCGGGACGAACCGGAUGGCGAGGACGAGGUUAAAGAGGAGAUACUGGAAACACUGGAGAGAAGUCUGGAAGCCGCUCCGGUUGCUGUUGCCACACUGAACGGAGAGGACGAGGAAUGGUCUUCCACGACGGAAAUUACGGAGACGAAGCGGCGCCAAGAGGUGAACGCGGACGAGGUGAUGCAAUCGACGGAGGAAGUGCGUCACACGUACGUCAUCAAGUCCGUGUACGACCCGCGCACGCAAGACGAUAUCUCACUAACCGAGGCAGUGUUAGCGGGCAUCAUUGACCAGGCCGCUGGUCGCUACGUGAAUAUCCUGACAGGCAAGAGCGUCUCGUUCCAAGAGGCGAUGGCUCAAGGUGACAUAACCGUGGAGUUCAAAUCGCAGAAGAAGAUCAAAGAGGAGCGCUCCUCGUACGGCAUCAUCACCAUCAAGACCAGCAAGGAGACACGUCCCUACACCAUCACCAGCGUCCUUGACAUGCGCACCGAGCAGGAGAUGAAGCCCGAGGAGGCCUACGACCGUGGUAUUCUGAGCAGCACGGCUCCCAUGUACCGCACGGACACGGGCGAGGAGAUCACGAUACUGGACGCCAUCCAGUCGGGUCUUGUCCGGGCCAACUUCCACGGAAAGGAAGCCGACGACGACGAAGAGGAGACGAAGACGUACGCCGUCAAUGGCGUCAUCAACCAACGCACGAAAGAAAAAGUCUCGUUUCACGAAGCGCUGACUAGCGGGAUCCUGAACGCAACGGAAGGCGUCUACAUCAAUAACGAGACGUACGAGCGUGUUCCUAUCAUGGAGGCGAUAAUGAAGGGACUUAUUAAGGCGAAGAUUAUUACUGACACCUCCAAGUUGAAUAUUGAUCCGACUAAUAAGAUUGUAGUGCAGAGACUAAACACGGUCAAAGAGAAGAUCAUUAAAGCCGUAAGAGUGACGCGGGCUUUUAAAACAAAAGAGUCAGGGGCAAAUGGAAAAUAGUUUUGCUUUCGCUUAAAAGUUCAGUGCCAAGUCUUCACGUUUUACAUUCCUCUGCGUUUUCUGUACACAACCCCCUUUGCAACGAAGUAUAGGGACAUUACUUGAUUCACCAUGAACGUCAGUUUAUCUGUUCGUACCGUACACACUUGUCCAAGGGCGUAAUCCCUCACUUUUCAACUUUCAAUAUUAAAACUUACAUGCAUUGUUUCUUACGAUAUUAAGUAGUGCGUGUGAAAUUUGUAUUGUCCUUAUUGAUAAAUUGCUUAUAUUGUUUCCUAAUAAACUAAGAAUUCCUUUAAAACGAUCUUAAAAAUUUAAUAUCCUUAUUCAUUAAUUGCUUAUAUUGUUACCUUUUUAAACUAAGAAUUACUUUUAAACGAUCUAAACAACUUAAUUUAGUCAGGAUUAUUCGUCACUGGUGUUGCAUGCUCAGACAUAAUAAUCGAUUCAAUUUUAUAUGACCAACAUAGCAGCCCUGGACGGUAUUGUUCCUGCAAACGAUUUGGGCGUGUAAGAAACACAUUUAAUGAUAUAAAGCAGUUUUUAAUAAAAAUAGUUAUUUUAAUAUGUUAAUUUAUAUGUGUACGAGCUAUUGGGCUUCUCAUGUUGAUUUUCUUUCGAAUUUUCGAAUUACAUCGUGAUUUGAAACCGGGAUGCUAUGUGUAGAAUAUGCGAAUACUGUAUAAUGGAACGCAUUGAAUCCUAAAUGAUCAUGGCAUAUCGUCAAUAUUUUUUAAUAAAUACCACUACCCGUUACACGUUAUGCUGCUUUCAUGUUUAAACAUUUUAUACGAAGAGUAUGCUUAUGUACUUUACUAAGCAUAGUUGCAUGUCUAUAUACUUUGUAACAAUGCUCUUAUAGUUAUUAAAUACAGUUUAUAUUUUGAAAAAAAGUUUCGUUGUCGUAUGUAUAAACUACUUCAUGCCCUGCGACUUGCAUCUAUAGUUUGUCACCUUAAGUCGUUUUUUAUUUUAUUUGCAAGCGUGACACGCUAACAGUUUUCUCUUGAAAGUAGACCACAAAAACUCACCCUGAAAUGGAGUAUCGAAUUUUUAAAUACAUGUUUAUCGUUUUUCGCAGAAAAUGUCAUAUGGUUAAGUUUAAUUCGACAAAAAAACUGAUUAAGGUAAUUGUUGUUAAUAAAAAAAAACAACACAGAU